AUGGAGGCACUUCCGGAGGAUGAACUGCUAGUGCGGCAGCGUGAGAAGCUUCUCGUCAACGCCGCGUGGAUUCAGCGGCAGCAAGGGCGGAUGCACUUCACCGGCGGAUGUCCUGAUAACGCCGCUGGCUCAGAGUACAGCACGCCAGACGACGCUGUGAUAAGAAGGGAGAGCGCCACACCACACGCAGGGGAAGAGGAGCGGAGUUGCAGACAAGCGGGAGAAGACAUGAAGGCGGAGUUGACGUCGCCAGCGGCGCGGCCGCCGUCGGUGGGCAACGCCACUCGGCCCUCCCCAAACCGACAAUUGAGCACCAACUCACGCAUCCCUGGGGCCGUCAGGAGCUCUGUGAAAAGGGGCGACUCCCACAAGAGCGUCCGCGGAGGGUACAUCUUGGGGGUGCAGGAGCGCACUGCUCUCUGGCAGCUUCGCCGGGAGCAAAAAAUAGAGGAGCAGCGUGUGCUGCACGCGGAGGAUUACUCGCAAUGCACGUUUAGCCCAACGAUACAAGGGCACCCAGAAAAUACGUCUGGCUGUGCCGUUUUGGAGGCGCCAGGUGUGGAGCAGUUUUUGCAGCGGCAGGCGCGCGCUAGGGAGCUAGCCUGCAUGAGGGAGGAACGAGGCCGCGUAAGUGGUGACAAAUGGGGCUAUCGUUUCACAGUAACAGAACCUUUUGUGCUUGGACGGCGACCGGUGGUCGAGUCUCUCCGACCACCGAUAGAAAACGUGCCGGGAACUACACGGGAACUCUUAUUGGAGGGGGAAAAGGAGCUGCGGAGCGGUGGCGUGCGAACAGCACAUGUCGAUCCGCGUGAGAACUUCUUGUCCACAACGCCGCCCUCGCUUGGGGCACUUGCGGCCGAAGCCAGCGUGUCGCUUCCACCCCCUGGUGCCUUCAGCUCGUGGACGGUGCUUUACUGCGGCGGCAAACAACCAAGUGUCAGCGAGACUGGCGAUAGCAGCACUGUGUCCCAAUGA